GCGCCAUCGCCAGCAAUAACAGAAAAUGGCUGCAGAGUCCCAGCCGCGGUUUGGCCAGUCUGUCAAAGGGUUACUGUCCGAUAAAGUGGGCUCCUGCAGCGGGGACGUGAUCGCACUGACCCGCCAGGUGCUGAAGGGAUCCCGCAGUCAGGAGCUUCUGGGUCAAGCAGCAAGAAACAUGGUGAUGCAGGAGGACGCCAUCCUGCACUCUGAGGACAGUCUGAGGAAAAUGUCCAUAAUCACCACACAUCUACAAUACCAGCAGGAGGCCAUCCAGAAGAAUGUGGAGCACUCCAAAAACCUGCAGGACCAGCUGAGACACUUGCUGAAGUGAGGGAGCAGAAGAGCCCCCCCCCAGGAGGAUCCUGUGGUAACCAACUGCGUCCAUAGGGUGCAGCGUUUGGCCACAUCGGAUAAUCAACCACAUAAGGGCCCGCAGGCCGGUACAGUUGGGACUGUCAUUUCACGUUUUGGAAGUGAUGUGCUGCUGUGUGUCAAACACAAACACAGUGCCUGUACUGAAGAAUUGCUAAGCAAAGCAAGGACCAUAGAAUAUUUCUUCUUGAGCAAUGUAAAAUGUUUUGAUCAAUUGCAUUACACGAACCUUGUCUGUGUCGUUUUGGCUCCUCAUAAUGCCACCAUGUGAAUCAAAUCAAGCAGCACGUUGUAAUGAGUGCUAGAUCCCUGUGGAACCAAAGCCUUGAUGGUACAGAUGCUGAUAUGUGUAAGUGCAAUGUUAGAAUGUGUAUUCUAACUUUAUUUCCUUGGUAUGACCACCACACAAAUCCUUGGGGCCCUGCACAUGAAAUAGGUUAUACUUUAACAUUAUUGGAUUAUCCUCUGCAUUCAAUGAAUGUCUAUCUAUAUAGAUAUGUAUAUAAUUUACCACCUAUACACUCCAUGCAUUGAAAAGAGUGGUUUGGGAUUUCAUUGUGUGUAUUGUCAUAUUUGCCAUCUAGGAUUUGAGAAGACAGUAAUUAAACAACUCCUGAAUAAGAUAAAUGAUUAAUUGGGAAAAGUUUAGCAGUGCAGAAAUGUAUCUGCUCACGAUGUGUAAAAAAAGAACAUGCAUUAACAUGCACACUUUCCAUUUGGUAACUGCUUUAAUUUUAACAGCUGUGACUUGAAACAGAGAUGUAUGUAUGCCACCAAAAAAUAAAAUGAGGCCCUACCCACAGAGCAGCAAGAGCUCUGUUUGAAACAUA